AUGGGAGGGAGAGAGAAAGAGAAAAAGAAUGAGGAAGAGAAGGAAAAAGAGAAUGAGAAAGAACGUGCCAAGAAGAAAAGCCGUUCGCCGAGAGCAUCCGAGCCGUGGCCCCGUUCCAACGUUGGAGCUAAUGACGGCAUCACUUUCACACAUGGUGAACUGAGCAUUCCGAACACAUGCGAGGUCAAACCUCACGUGGAUGUUCCGGAACGUGAGAUUCGAGCUUUGAUAUUUGCUCCAGACCUCCCACUUCAAAUUGCGCUACUGUUUUCGGAGUGUAGCUUCGGAGCGCAGGAAUAUGAGGUUUCCACACUGUCGGCAAUGGGUGAUGGUUCGAAACUGUCCGAAAUCAACUAA